AUGGUAAACCUACUUAAUUCAAUAUCAUGUUUUCAAAAUUAUCAAAAACGUACACUCGAAGAUGACAGUUUUUGUUCACUUUUGGUUAAACGUAAAACUUCGUUAAGCGAUGAUGCUGAUGAAGGUUUAAUCGUUACAUCCAAUCGAUUAAAAGAACAUUCAACCGAUUGGAAUUACGAUCAUGCGUGUAAAUUUCAAAUACGUAUCGGUAGAGAUUUCACCGAUCUUCUUACACUUCAGAAACCAUCAAAUAUUGGUUUAAUUGCUGUUAUCCAGAAAUUAUCGCUACGACAGAAUAAAACGACAGGGGAAUGUAUCGAUUGGAUACAAUUUGGACAUAAAAAAAAUAUAAAUUCGAAACGAUAUUGUGGUGAAUUAUCGUACGAUAAUGAAAGUGGUAAUAUGUUUUAUUUUCCAGUUGAUACGUUUACGGAUAAAAUUGAUACAACAGUUUUUAUUAAUCGUAAGCGAUUAGAAUCAGAUGAAUAUUUCGAUUUGUUAAUUGUUUAUACACCUAUUAUCAUGUGUCGAGAUGCAUAUUCUUCAUAUUUGAAAUGUUCAAAAGAUGAUGAUAUAAAAGCAAUAUGUAUACGAAAUGUUUUUAAAAAUGACUCAUAUUUAAAUUGCCCGAAUUGUUUGGAUGAAGGUGAUAGUUGCCGUAUAAAAACAAAACAUAGUUCUGGUGUUGGUACAGUUGCAACAAUUGGUGCCAUAUUAUCAUUAAUUAUUAGUUUUAUAUUCUUUUUAUCAUGUGUAUGGAUAUGUAAACGAUUUAAUUUAUUCUGUUGGUCUCAUACAUUUGCAGCUGGAACUAAUCGAUCGACGCAACAUAGUAAUGUUGAAAUGAAUCUCCAAGGAAGUACACCAACACCAAAUAUUCCAACAGUACCGUCAGCUCCUCCAGUGUCAGCUGAUAAGGAUUUACCACCACCGUAUGAAAGUCUAUUUCCCGAACGAGCUGGUGAUAGAUAAAAUCAAUUCAUCAAAUCUUAGGUCUAAUAUAGAUCCCAUACAUGAUUAUAGCACAUUUUAUUUGCAACAAUACAUUUUAGUAUGAGAUUCUAAUACCAAUAAUUGACGAAUUACCAAUCCAGGGUGUCUUUUUUAAGUUGACAUAUGCUUGAA